AUGCAUAGUGGAAAUGUCAUGGACUUGUUUAACAGCGGAACUACAGUCAAAGUCUGUGCACCUAUGGUCCGAUACUCAAAGUUGGCUUUUAGAGCUUUGGUGAGGAAAUAUGAUUGUGAUAUGUGUUUCACCCCCAUGAUCAUAGCAGAAGACUUCAUGCGCUCUGCUAAAGCCAGAGACAGUGAAUUCACCACCAACAAGAGUGAUCGACCCUUAAUCGUGCAGUUUGCUGCCAAGAAUGCACAAACUCUGGCAGACGCGGCAUGUGUGGUGUCAGCUUUCUCAGACGGAGUGGAUCUGAACUGUGGCUGUCCACAAAGGUGGGCUGUGUCUGAAGGUUACGGAGCGUGUCUGAUCAACAAACCUGAGCUGGUCAGAGAUAUGGUGAGACACGUUCGAAACCAAAUAGGCAAUCCCAAUUACACAGUGUCCAUUAAAAUAAGAAUCCAUAAGGAUAUCAGGAAGACGGUGGACCUCUGUCAGAAAGUGGAGGCAGCAGGUGUAGCGUGGAUUACGGUUCACGGUCGUACAGCUGAUGAGAGGCACCAGCCCGUUCACCACGAUGCCAUUAAGAUCAUCAAGAGCAGCCUGUCCAUCCCCGUCAUCGCCAACGGAGACAUCAAGAACAUGCAGGACGUGGAGUCCACCCGUGACCUCACGGGCGUGGAUGGUGUGAUGGCUGCCCGUGGGUUGCUGGCCAAUCCUGCCAUGUUCGCAGGGUUUGAGGAGACCCCGCUUCAGUGUGUGUGGGACUGGGUAGACAUUGCUUUAGAACACGGGACACCUUUUACUUGUUUCCACCAUCACUUGAUUUACAUGUUAGAGCGCAUCACCUCUCAGCCUGAGAGGAGAGUGUUCAAUAAUCUAUCCAGUACUUCUGCGGUCAUUGACUACCUCCACAAUGCUUAUGGCUCCUUAUAGUUUGCUUUUAAUGAAUGUAGAUUUUAAAUUGAAAUAAAGGCAGAAAUGCAUAAUUUUUUAAUACUUGCCUAAAUAAGUGCCUUUUUAUGAUUAAUAUGGCUGCACUAUUAUGUCUAGACAAAUUGGUAUGCCAUAUUUGUAGUGCCUUUAAAAUACUUAUAGGCCCGGUUUCACAGACAAGGCUUAGCUUAAGCCAGGACUAUGCCUUAUAGAAUUAGCAUAUUAAGUCGCUUUUAUAAAAAUGUUUUAAAAAGAAACAUUACUGGUGUGAAUCACAAAACAAUGGCACUGACAUAUUUUAAGAUAUGUUAGGGCAAGUUAUUUUCAGUUAAGACAGCUCAAACGUUUAUUUUAGUCUGGGACUAGUCUUAAGCCUUGUCUGUGAAACCGGGCCAUAAUUAUUUAGUUGAUUUCUUUAUCAUUUUAUCCAGCAUGACCAGCGUGUCUCUAAAGCCAAUGUACUGUAGGUGUAUGGCUUUGAAAAUGUAUGCGUUUAGCAAGUGCUUUUAUCCAGUAGUUUGUGUUUACAUUUAAUAAUUUAGCAGAUGCUAUACUGUUUCAAAGUGACAACAUAAACCAGUGGCUUGGCUAAACUUUUCUCUCCAAUAUUUUAAAUUAAGACUGCAAUACCAAGUUCUACCGCUAGAUGUCAAUGUACCAUUCGGUUUCUUGCGACCAAACUACAGGACUUAAAGAGUACAUUCCUCGAGAUCAUAAAAAAUACAUUUCAUGAAGUGUUUAAAUUUGCCGUGUUUGAAUGUAAGCAAUCUGCAAAGUUGUAAAUCCGAAGGUGAACGAAUAACAAAGUUAUUAGCUUAUAAAAAAGGUAAUCGACUCUGAAUCACGCGAACAAGCCAUGACCUGUCCGAAUCUUUAACCACAAUGUACCUACGUCACUAGAAAAAUCCCCGCCUACUGACUGCGAAAACUUAACUCUCUCCUCCCCAAACACUGUACUAGCUCGUUCGUGACGUGUGCAUCAUGUCUAAGAGAAGCUGUGUUCUAUGUAGUGAAACUAAGUCAGUCUUAUUUUCACUACCAAAGGAAGAACUUCUGAGGAAAAAAUGGUUACUAUUUAUUUUUCAAACGACACCAAAGGAGUAUAAACCGAACGUUUUACUUUGCGCGCGUCAUUUUACCGAAGAUUGCUUCAUCAAUCUUGGCGCCUUUACUGCAGGAUACAUUAAACGUCUUUCCUUAAAAGAUGUUGCAAUACCAACUUUAUUUGGACCUGUAAGCUCCACCGAAUCACAACCUGUAAGUGUGACUCUUUAUUUUUGUCUUUACUUAAAA